AUGUUUUCUGCGACAAUAGACCCGCAUAUCAUGGAUAUUUUGAUGAGGGAUAUGGAGAAGAUUCAUCAGGAAACUGAGGAAACUUACAUCAUGACUGAGAUUCCCGAGGAGCUUAUCACAGAGAAAGCUCCUGAAAUUAAGACCCCUACUAAAAACCCUGUAAUUCACACAAAACGAAUCAUCAAGCUCCCGAAACUGCGAAGAAAUCAAACCAAAUCCUUGAGAACCCAGAUAUUGGCAAGGAUUCAGAAACAAAAGGAUGAUAUUUUGGAAAGACGGCAGAAAAUUAUAAAUCGACUAGCUGCCAAAAUAUGGAAGCCGCUUAAUUGGGUGAAGCAGAUUUAA